GAGAGAAGAAGAUAUUGCUUUUAACCUAGUUCUCUUUGAAGAAGUGGCUUAGGCACUUCCAUGGCUUCUCAAGAAAAUCAAGCUGAGCUGGAUAAAGAUCUUCAGAAUUUUUUGCCUGGGACUCCUCAUCCUCUUGAACAAACCGAGAAGACAGACUUUUUCCCAACAUGGAAAUCUUCUAAUAGAAACCCCCCAAAAUACAGUUUCCUGGUACCUCCUGGUCUAGAACAUUUGAGCAAGAUACAACAGAUCAUUAUUCAUCAGCAGGUGGAGCUCUUGGGAGUUUUUCUCGGUACUGAAAAGAGCAACAAGUAUGAAAUAAAAGACCACUUUGGACAAAGACUUUAUUUUGCAAGGGAGGAAAACAUCUAUCUUAAUAAAAACUUGUGUGGACCAUUGCGGCCUUUCACCAUGCGCAUUUCUAAUAACAUAGGCCGGGAAGUAAUCACAGUUAUUAGACCCUUGAGGUGCAUUACUUGCUGCUUUCCCUGCUACUUACAAGAGCUGGAAGUUCAAGCUCCUCCAGGUACAACUGUCGGCUUCAUCGUGCAGAAAUGGGAUCCUCUUGUGCCAAAGUUCACAAUUCAAAAUGAAAGUAAAGAAGAUGUACUGCAGAUUGUCGGCCCAUAUUUAACAUUUAGUUGCUUAGGAGAUGUGCAUUUUGAGGUGAAAACACUAAAUGAAAAAUCAAUAAUUGGGAAGAUUUCCAAAUACUGGUCAGGAUUUGUUAAUGCCGUUUUUACCAAUGCUGAUAACUUUGGUAUAGAAUUUCCUUUAGACCUUGAUGUAAAGCUGAAAGCUGCUUUAAUUGGCACCUGCUUCCUUAUAGAUUUAAUGUACUUUGAGCAGUCUUCAGAUGGAAUUUGAAAAUCCUAAAUGGUACAGCUUUAAUAAAGAUUCUAGAUCUUACAACCAGCUGAGAUGAUAAAUGAUGAUCUAAUAAGAAGAUGUAUUAGAAAAUGUAAAUCUGGCAGCCCAGAAGUAAUGCUAUUCUUUCAUAAACUUUAUUUAGAACUUUGUACCAAAUAAAUUAAAAUU